AUGUACUGCACAAAUGUAUCAGUUGAGACCCAUUCUAUAUAUCAAAAUCUCACUAAAGGUUUGGAAGAACAGGUACACUCUAUACAGGAUUCCUUGCUCCAAUUGCAGCAGCUGUUGACAGACCUUCCCCAUGAUAUGCUGGAAGACAGUGGAGACCAUCUCUCUGAUUAUAGUGCAGCUGAGGAACAUGAACAAACACAUGAGCCCUGGGAUCAGGAUGCUACCAGAUGGAAUGAUCAUGCAACUGCAGCAAAUCCAACAGGUGAUUAUGAACAGACUCAGAAUUUCUAUGCUGAACACUUUCAGUACGAUCAAGGAAACGUCCAAGGUGAAAUGCAUACCAGUGACUGGCCUGUCCAUCACAAUGAGGAUGAAAAUAAAAGCAUGUUUGAGAUUUCUGGGAGGGCCAGUGAAGAUGGGUCUGAUGAUGUGUAUCUCGGAGGAGAUGGGUACAAAGCACCUAGCCAUUAUCAACAAACCAACGUAUAUCAUCUUCCAGAAAACUUUAGACCAUAUGCAAAUGGCCACCAACAAGAGUUCAAUAACCAGCAUGGCAAAAUAGCAAACUUCGAUGCUAAGAAGGAACACUUGAACUUUGGCACUUCAGAAAUGACUAACAAUCAAGUUGUGGAGCCUUACAAAGUACUAUAUAAGCCUUACCAGAAUAACAUCCAGCAGCCAGUCCCUAUUUCUCCAGAUACAGCAAGAAGAAACGAAGUGUUUGAAGAGAUGCAGCAAGAAUUCCUGGGUACUGGUGAGAGUUCGUCAGACAACAUGCAGAUCCUACAACUUCAGGUUCUUAAUAAAGCAAAAGGAAGAAAAUUGGAAGAAUUUAAUAAACAGCUGGAAGAGAGAGCACAGCAGAUUAGGUAUCUGUCUCAUCAGCUUGCAAUUGUGAAAGAUGAAAAGGAUGGCAUGUGCCUUAGUCUCCAAGAAAGUCAGACUCUUUAUCAAAAUGGCAAGGAAAGGGAAGUUCAACUUGAAGGCCAAAUAAAAGCACUUGAAGGCCAAAUUCAAACUCUAACUGCCAAUGAGGAGCAGCUGAUCAAACAAGCCAAAGUAGCAGAAGUUGCCAUGGAAAGCAUGCAGCAGCAGCUCUUGGAACUUCGGCGCUCUGAUGCUCUUCAGCGUGCAAGAGAACAGCACGAGGCUAUUGUUGCAGCGCUCAAGCAGAAACACGAAGAACAAGCCGUAUCUUUGCAGCAGAAACUUGAUGCUAGGCACGUAGCACUCCAGGAGCAGACAGAACUUUGCUGCCAUCUGAGAGAGCAUGUGAAGCAACUUGAAAGAACUCUUGAAGAAAGCAAAUUAGAAAAAAAUGAGGUAAUCAAUCGGCUCUCGAGAAGUCUAGAAGAAAGCCAAAACCAGUGUGCAAAUCUAUUACAAACAGGUUUGGUAAAGGAGACAAAUCAGUUACGUCUGCAGCUUCAGCAAACCCAGUCUGCCCAGUUGAUAAGCAAUGAAAUGAAUAAAGCUCUGCAGGAAGAGCUAAAGGAACUAAAAGAAGAAAUCAUAUUAUAUGAAUCUGCUGCGAAACAUGGUGUGUUUCUCAAUGACCCUGGUGGCGAAUUGAAUGUAGAUAUGACUGAUUCUUAUGUAGAUUUGGGUAUUAAAAAGGUCAACAUGAAAACAAGACUACAAAGUUCUGCACUUAAUAAAGAAGUAGAUAAAGGACUUUCUAAAGAUGAGGUCAUCUUAGAGCUUAAGGAUGAGUUGGAACGUUUAUUGAGCAGUAACAAGGCAAAGAGGAACCGGGUUUCUCAGUUACAAAAUGACCUUGAGGAUUGCCAGAGAACAAUAGAAGAACUGAAGCAGCAGAUGGUGAAAACAAACGCGCAUGAGCCGAAAGGAAAAAAUAAAGAGGAUCCAUCCGAUAUUUUGCAGCCCAGUACUUCUGAAGAAAUACCAAGGCUCAACAAGGAAAACCAGGAUUUGCAACAUGAAAUUGAGAGUCAUAACGCACGUAUUCAGGAACUUAUAGAAGACCAGGAAAAACUAAAAAAUGCAAAUCAAGAGCUUUGUAGACAAAUGAGAGAGAUGGUUCAGGACUUCGAUCGGGAUAAGCAAGAAGCCCUCGACAGAUGUGAAAGAACCUAUCGGCAGCAUUAUGAAGAUGUGAAGAAAAAGCUCUGUGAAGAGCUUGCAGAAAGGCAUGCUGCACAAAGAGAAAAGCUCAUUCAUGCUUAUGAAGAGAACAUGACCCAGUUAAAGGCUGACAUCGAUGAAUUGAACAAAGAGAUUUUUACAGUGAAGGAAUGUUACAUUGCAGUCUGCAGAGAGAGAGAUGAACAGGAGACCACUCUGAAGGCAGCAUUUGAAAAGGAGCAGUUAGUGAAGGAUGAGAAGAUUAAGAAACAGUUACUGGAGGAAAAGGAAGAGUCUUUAAACAGGCUGAGGAGUGAACUAGAAGAAACGCAUAAGAAUUCCAUGGUGCUAGCCCAGAGCCAAUGGCUGAAAGAAAAAGAAGCUGACACAAAGCAACAUAUUGAGAAUGAAGUGGCAAAAGUCAAAGCCUUUUGGGAGAGAGAACAGAAAGAGAUCAAUGAUCAAGCUAUUCAAGAAGUUGAAAAAGUGUGGCAGCAUAGACUGGAUCAAGCUUUGGAAGGAACAAAGAGAGCCGUGGUGGAAUCCAAAGAUCACUGCAGCCAAACGGACCUAUUCUCCAUCCCAGAUGAAUCCCUACGCCAGGUGAUUGCAGAAGCAGUUGAAGAGCAGUCACGGCUAUUUCGAGAGGUGCUGAAAGAAAAGGAAAAGACUUUGAGAGAGCAUGAAGCAAGGCAUCACGAGAGCAUUGCCAAUCAGGUUGAAUCAGCUCUGACAAAAGCCCGUGCCCGGUGGCUGCAAGAACUGACUGAGCUUGAGGAGUACAAAGCACAUCUGAAAGUAGCCAAGGAAAAAUGGGAGAAGGAAUCCGAAAUCAGCACAGCAAAGCAGGUAUCACUGGCUCUUUCAGCUGCCGAAGAGAAAUGGAAGAAGGAACUUGAGAACAGUGACAGAGCUCUACUGAGGACCAAGGAACUCGAAGAGAGGAUCCUUUCCCUUAAAAGGGAACUGGAACUCAAAAGAGAAGAAGUCCCUGCCAUUCUUAAAGCAGAACUGGCAACAGCAAGGACUCAGUGGAACAAGGAAAAGCAAGAGGAGGUCCUCAGGAUACAAGAGCAAAACGAAAAAGAUUAUCAUUCCUUUUUGAAUGACCACAGGUAUAAAAUCAACGAGGUGCUUGCAAAAGCCAGAGAAGACUUUGCAAAGCAGAAGAAAGAACUGCUUGAUGAAAAAGAGGAAGAACUGAGGAUGUCCUUGAGCAGGAAGCAACAAGAAUGGGCGGUUCAGGAAGCCAAGAGAUUCCAGAAUGAAAUCCGCCAGUUUGAGGACCGGAUCCUAGUCCAGGUGGAGCUCCUCUUAGAUGACAUCCACAAGGAUUUGCUCAGACGUGCAAGCGAUGGGCACGCUUGGCAAACUAAGUGGAAUACUUCUCCUCCCGGCCAGAUCAACCUCCAGUUCCAAGAGAAAUUGGCAUUUUGUCUGCAGAAAGCCUAUAGAGGCACAGUCUGUGCCGUUCUGGAAAAAGCCAAGCAAGAGUGGAAUGAGAAACAUGAAGAUUUGGGCCACAAUUUCAAAGAUUCAGAGAAUUCUUGCAUGCAAAGCACUGAAGGAGAGACCGGAGACAAAGCUAGGCCUUCCAUGUAUGACAUUGGACAGCAAGUAGAACUACAAAGAAGGCUAAGAAAACCACCUUUGCAGGAGACUGGAAUGGAUAUUGAUUGCAAGAAAAGAAACCUGUUAUCCCGAGAAGAUGUUUGCUGUGAGCAUUGUCACCAGCAGCUUGAACGAAAGGAAAAAGAAUGCCAGGAUUUGAAAAAGAAACUUGACAAAGCUUGCAAACAUCUGCAGCUUGCAGUGAAGGAACACAAAGCGAAGUCAGAGCAAGUCCAAGAAAAUGAAAGAAUUGUAGAAACACUCAUCGAAGAAAACUCUGCAGUGAAAAACAAGGCUGAUGAUUUGAAAGCUUCCAGUGUUCCCCCAAGAUCAUCGUCAGAAGGAUGUGUGUUAAAGCCUUGCACUUCCUGUGAUGGAAAAGCCUUGGAAGAAAUGCGAUCCCAGUAUAUUAAAGCAGUGGGGAAAAUUAAGAGUGAUAUGCUUCGUUACAUCCGUGAAAGUAGAGAGAGAGCUGCAGAGAUUAUUAAAGCAGAAGUAUUAAGAGAACGUCAGGAGACUACCCGGAAAAUGCGCAAAUAUUAUCUUAUUUGUCUUCAGCAGCUUCUUAUUGAUAAUGGAAAACAUGAAGGGGCUGAGAAGAAAAUAAUCUGUGCUGCUGGCAAAAUUGCUACUAUGGCUAAAAUCCUAGAAACUCCUGUUCGUAACUCAUCCCAGAACAAAGCUACCCACUCAGCUCUGUCACAAAAUUCCAAGCUGCUUUCUGGAGUUGAAGAACUGGAAAGAAAUUACAUGCAACAACCUAGGUCAACCCUAGUGGAAAAUCAGUCUCAGGGUGGAAGCAUGAGCAAAAAAACCAGUAACCCAACUACCCAGAAACGUAUACCUUGUAGCUUACAACAGCAACUUGAUGCUGAAAACCAGUCAGCCCUGACGUCCCGAGCCCAGUUUGGUGGGAGAGCUUUUAAGCAACUGGAUGAUCCUUUGGUUGGUGCUGUAGCAAUGACGCCUUUCAGUGAAGGAGAAGGUGUGAACAAAGGUCUACCUCAGACUAUCAGUGCUGCCAUACACCAGAAUCCCCCCUCAUGUACUUCUCAAGCAAAGCUCUCAAACAGUCAUCCAGUGAGCUGUACAGAUGUUGGUUCUGACUCUGGGGCACCUUGUGUAAAAUUUAAGAACCUAAAUGAUAGGCCAAUCAUAAACGAACUUGGAUGUACCCAGUCUUCUAGGCAUGGGAAGGCAACGUCAGAGAAAAUCCAAAUCUUUGACACUCAGGAAACUCCAGUAAGGGAUGAAGGAUGCUCUCCUGAUUGGAGCCUGAUAAGUGAGACUCUACACAUGGGCCAAAAUGCUGUUCCUCCGUAUCCUCUUCAAAAAGCCCAUUCCAGCAUACCAGAAGAAUCCGGUGAACAGGUUCCCAUGGCAAAUCUCUUUUACCAUGCCAAGGAAGAAGCUUCUGUUUUUUGCAGGCUACCCAGUGGCCACAAAGACAACGUACUUGUUACAAGGAGCCAAGACAUAAAUUGCAAUGAAGGCCAUCUGACUCUAAACCCUGGUCAUCUGCCAUAUCCAACCUUGGACAAAUUAAGUCCUACUGAUACCCAUCUGAGUGGUGCUAUGUUAUGUUCAUCGGCAGGAAAAAGCUACAACCCACUGCAUUUAAGGAAACAGAUACAAGAUGUUAUGGCUUUUCAACAAGAUAGUGGCUUUGAUAGCCCACAAAUCAACCUUGAUUAAACAUCAAGGAGUCUCUGACCAUUCUCACAAAAGAGAUGCUUAAAUAUAUUUAAACGAAAGCUGUGGAGGAGUUUGGGCAGUCUUGUGAGUGUGUUUGUUCUUUUCCUGACUUCCCUAUUAGACUGUUACAUGAACAAGCCAAUCAUAAAUAUUUAUAUGGGUUUGGGAUAGGUCUUAGCGAUCUGACUUUCCCUGUGUAUAGAUUGUCUUUUUAUAUGUGUGU